UUCCAUUUCCUUAUCUGCAAAUUCCUUUAUCGGUUGAACCUCCUUCACAGGGGUCCAUUUCUUUUAUUUUCUUCAAGAACGUUCCCCAGGAAAUUUCCAACUCCAGAUUAAUUAAUUUAUUUGUCCUUUAACGUGUAGUUUCUUUUCAUUGUGGUGCGGGAGUUUGGAAAACUAAAAACAUUCUCAAUAAUGGAUAUCUCAGCGGCCUCAUGCAUCUCUGAAACGAAUAGUUUCACAGAUAAUGGACAAUUCAAUUUUUGAGGAUCAAAUUGAUUUCGAUGAAGAACUGAACGCUCUUCUUAAAGAAGACUUAUCUCCAGGAAACAACUCAUCUUCUUCAUUAACACUGAUUCCAAGUAGCAGCUCAAUGUCAAGCUUGGGCACUUCCCGGGGCAUGGAACCACCUCAAGUUUCCUUUGAACCACCACCCGAACAGCAAAAGCUUAACAAUUAUAAUGACUAUUGUGUGCCAAAUUUUGAUCAGGGCCAUUCUUCUACUCCGAUCAUUCUCAAUUUCUGCAACUCGAAUUCUCCUACAAGAAGACAUCAGCAAUAUAACCUAAGUUCGUUGAAUCCAGAAGAAAAGGCAGCAGUUUCUGAGGCUUUGAGAAACCCUGAAGAGGCUAUAAAAACGGCACGAAAAACAAAGAAAAAUGGUCGUGUUAGGCCGCGAUCUCAACCCUAUGAUCAUAUAAUUGCAGAAAGAAAACGCCGGGAGCUGCUCAGCCAGCGAUUUGUUGCUCUUUCAGCCUUAGUUCCUGGCCUCAAGAAGGUGGAUAAAACUUCUAUACUGGGAGAUGCUAUUACGUAUGUGAAACACCUUCAAGAGUGCGUGAAGGAGUUUGAGGAACAAGCAACAAAACACACAGUGGAAUCUGUGGUGAUUGUUAAGAAAUCAACACUCUCUGUGGAAGAUGAGGGAUCUUCGGAUGAAAAUAACAGCUCCGAGCUGCCGGAAAUAGAAGCUAAAGUUUGCAACAACCACGUUUUUCUGAGAAUCUAUUGUGAGAAGCACAAAGGUACGCUGUCCAAAAUACUUGCUGAGGUAGAGAAGCUCCAUCUCUCAAUCAUCAAUGUGAAUGCUACAUCGUUUGGACGUUUUGCUCUUGAUAUUAGCAUUAAUGCAGAGAUGGAGAAAGAAUCCAGCUUGUCGCUGACAGUAGUAGUACAGGCUCUUCGUUUGGCUCUUCAACGUGCAAUAUAGAGAGAGAUUCCUUGUACAGAUUCUGAGUUUCGAUAAUAUAAUUAUGUAUGAAGUAAACGUAAGGUUAGCCGGGAACUAACUAGAGGGAUAGUCAGUGCCUCAGAUCUAAUAGUAUGUUAGACUUUAAAUCAAAAGUUCCUAUUUGAUAUUAAUAUACUUCACUACUAGUUGAGACUUU